GCCAAAGCCAGCCUGUUGUUGUUUUUGCUCGGGGCGUUAAAACUAAUUCCCCGCUGUACAUAGCAUUAAACAAUCGCAAUCGCGGGUGCUGCAAUAAUUUACAUCAUUUGCAUUUACAUAACGCACGCGGGGACACGCGAAGAAAGAUGUGAAAACAAUUGGCGAGCAAAAAGCGCGUAUGGCGAAAAAUCAGGGGAACCAAAAAACGGCAGAACGGCGAAUUGGCGAAAAUACUCAGUGUACAAAAUCCAUAGAUGGAUAAAUAACAGUCACUGCGUUCAAUCUGUUCCUAUUUAAGUGUUUAUUAAUUCAUUUACUCGUAUAUUUGUGCUGCAAUUAAGUACCCACCGAUCGAACUUUUACCGGCGAGGAGGAGAACAAAGCUAUCCGGUCUCUUGGCCAUGUCAUGUGGCGAGAAUUGCGACAGCUGCCACCACCGACGACGUCGUUAAUCCAACUCGGCGCCUGCAUUAGUCAUAGGAGGGAUGAGGAUGACAGCCGGCCCAGGGGAACGGCGCCAGCACAACCAACCAGGGACCGAGCCAGAACCAAAAGCCAAACCAGAAGCGGAAGCAAGGCAGCCCCAAGGCAAACAGUUAGCUAAUUAAUAUAAUAGCCAGCGAAGGAUUCCAGACGAGCGCCCAACGAAAGAUGUUCAAGAUUAGGCAGCGGAACUGCAUGCUGAUUGUGACGGCCCUGGUGCUGGCGCCCUGCAUAGUGAUCCUGAUGGUGAUGGGACCCGAGCUAUCCACCGAACAGUCGCUGACACAGCGCCUGGCCGAAUGCCACAUGCGGCUGCAGUACCUGGAGUCCGUGUACCGUGCCCGCCAGGAGGAUGUGGCGUUGCUCUCUCAGUACCUGGGCCAGUUGCAGAGUGUCAAUGGGACGGGAGCCAGUGCUCCCCCGCCGCCGCCGCUGCCAGUGGUCAAUCUGCUCGACGGACUGAGUCCCGAGGCCAGGCAGCUGCUGAGAAAUGCCUCGCACUUCAGUAAAGGGGGCGGUGCCAAUGGUUCGAUGGCCAGGAGUCAGAAUAUACGACUCCCGAACGCCUAUCACUUCUUGCCGCAUCUCCUGGAUGAUGCGGGCUCCCUGCGUCCGGCCUACCUGCAAAGCAAGGGUCGUUCGGAUGUCAGCAUUGUUCUAGGCGUGCCCACGGUGCGGAGGGAGAAGCAAUCGUAUUUGCUCGGCACCCUCCACAAUCUCAUCGAAAACAUGAACGACGAAGAGCAAAACGAAACGCUGAUCAUUGUCUAUAUAGAAACGGAUCUGGACUCAGUGCAAUUGAUUGCGCGCCAAAUCGAGACUAGUUUCGAGCAGCAUGUGGACAGUGGACUGAUUGAUAUAAUAGCACCUGCUCCGAGUUACUAUCCCAAUUUCGAGCGGCUUCGCAUCACCCUGAACGACCCUUUGGAGCGCGUAAAAUGGCGCAGCAAACAGAACUUGGACUUUGCCUACCUGAUGGCCUAUGCCCAUUCGAAAGGCACCUUUUACGUCCAACUGGAGGACGAUAUACUGACCAAGCGGCAGUUUAUCACCACAAUGAAGAAAUUCGCCUUGAUCAAGAGCGCUCUGACCAAGCCCGACCAGCCGGCCUGGUUUGUAUUGGAUUUUUGCCAGCUGGGCUUUAUUGGCAAGAUGUUCAAGAGUGCCGAGCUACCCUACUUGAUCACCUACUUCCAAAUGUUCUACAAUGACAAACCCGUGGAUUGGUUACUCACCUAUUUUAUUGAGUCCAAGGUAUGCCGCACGGACAAGGACCAGAAGCAUUGCAACCAGGAAAAGGCAAAGUACUGGCAGCACUUUCGAAAAUCCCUGUUUCAACACAUUGGUACUAGUUCUUCGCUGAGGGGCAAGGUUCAAAAGCUUAAGGACAAGCAGUUCGGAAGCAAGGUGCCGCAGUACUAUGCCCACACGCAUAAUCCACCCGCUUUGGUCAAGUCCAACAUUGCUCCGUACAAGAACUAUCUAUUGAAGCGGGCCUAUAGGGGAGAAUCCUAUUUCUGGGGCUUGCUGCCCCAACCUGGAGAUUUGGUGCAGAUCGUCUUCGAACGCCCCACGCAACUGCGGCACUAUCUCUUCCGGAGCGGAAACUCGGAGCACCCGUCGGAUAGGUUCUACAACACCACAGUGGAGCUCCUGCCGGCGGAUACGCUGAGCGAGAACUCCUCCGUUUGGAGCAACUACAACACCACCACAGAUGGCUACUUGGUGGUGGGCUCGUUCGAUAGUUUGGGCGUGGCCGAGGGCCUCUUGGAUGCGAAGAUCGGGGCCAUCAAGGAAUUGCGCCUCCACGUGCACAGUGACAGCGAGAAUUGGGCCCUGCUUAGCGAAAUCGAACUGCAGGAGUGGGGCAGCGAUCCCAAGUCGGAGGCGAAUGCGGCGAAGCCACGGUUUGUGGCGGGUAGCUGAUUGCUACAUCGUCACCGGCAGCGACAGGACUGGGAGGAAUAGGAACGAAAUCCAGUCACACAACUCCUUUAGACCUCCCUUAGUUAAAGUCUAAUCUAAUCCCUUUCCACAAUUUGUCUAUAUCUGUUAAGAUCGGGUCGAUUUCGUUGAGAAAAAGUUAUGGGAGCCAAAAGUUAUCUUUUGAUUAUUCAAAAAAGUGUUUGUUGUUUGUGAAGAUUCUUUCUUGCUUCCUAGACUUUUUCAUGUUUUUUGCAUUGAAACGAAUCGACCCAUCCUAAUAUCUGUACAUCUGUGUGUAUAUUUUUCGAAUGAUGCUUUUAUCCUCGAUUAUCUCAAUGUGUAAAUAAUGUCCCAGAACGUAACUCUCUCGCUCUCCUAACUGUAAGUGAUUGUCCCUAGCAACAGGACCUAUGUAGGGCUGCAGGCGAAUAAUAUUGCCAUAUAUCCCCAGAACCAAUUCGUUAGGGUUUCUUUAACUUAAGCGUUACAAGCCUAAAUAAUAUCACUGGUCUGCAGUCUGAUAUAAGUCUCAUUUAAACCCCAAGCUAUCAGUAUAUUUUUGCGUAUAUCCAUAUGGAUUCGAUGUACUCCAAGUGCCCCUUCCAUUUUUUCAUGGUGUUAAAAUGUAUUGGUAUAAUAUGUGGGUCAAGUUGUGGGCUAUGUAACUGAAGCGAUUCCCCGUAUUCCUAUGUUAUUCGAAUAUUUUAUUUUCGUUUAUUUAGCGUUAGAUUUAAGUGUUAACCUUAUUUUAUCGGCAGCCGAAAAGAAACAUUCCAGUUUAUUUUGUUUUCAUUUGCUGAAUCUAAAAGUGAUCAAGUAUCUCGAACUAGCUGAAAUCUUAUCGAUCAAAUUAAGGUAUAAUCAAACAUUGUUAAACCUAAGUUAAAUCUCUGUAGUAAUUGGUUAAACUUAUUCCUCUACUAUCUAAUAAUUUAUCUUAACUCAAUGAGUUCAUCCAACAUGCCUAAAUCAGUUAUAUUUAGCCACCUCCUUGAACAUAAGCCAUAACUACAUAAAUAUAAUAUGCAUUACCAUAAACAUUAAAGCAUAAAAUAACGAAACGAUUUUUAGCAUUGUUGCUUUUUUACUGUGAUUUGUUAAUAAUUUUUGCAUAACAAUGAAAAAACUAAAUACCUAAAUUAUAUAUACACGUAUAUAUAAAAACAACGCUGAUUAGCAAUUGUAAAACAAAAUUUUAAAAAAGUCGUACAAAGAAAACCUUUUUUAUAUACAUGCGACAAAUUUUAUGAUUGGUUUAACUAAUUGGAAAUGCCAAAUUUUUUGAUAGACUAUGACAAAACUAUAAACGAAUAAAUAAGAAUGAUGAUUGUUUAAACUUGGUUCCUGUUGUGUAACGAGAAUUGUAAUAUAUAGUGGCAUAUUUUUAUAAGUUUAAUUAUCGAAAUUUUGAACUUUCUAAAUAUUAUCCCAUUUCGAUUCAUAUGCCGCUAUAUAUAAAGAAACAAAUAUUGUAGACUGCUUUCGAUAAACUGAACAAAUUAAAUAAAUGUUUUGCAUAUACUUACUAAUGCGUAAUCAUACAAACAUAAAUAUAUUUUUAUAUAUCCCUGUGUUAUGUGUGCGGCAACCAGCAACAAUAAUUUACAGCACUCGCUCUCCACCAAACACCCAUUUUGCCAAAUUGCAACCAAUUAGCAAGCAACAAUAAUAGUUGAUAAUGAUCAAACUGAAUUAUAGAAUAGCUGGCAUUAUAGGCUUCCCCUUCCACGACACAAAAACACAUAACGAUUGUAGCUGAAUUAUUACAAAUUACUUUUACACUACUCAUAAGCCGUUGGGACAACUCAAAACUUAAUCGAAAUCAAACAAGAACAACAAAUAUGCGUGUAAUGUGUGUAUAAGCUUAAUAAAUAUUUCAAGUAUUUGAAAUUAAA